GUGCUCUGCGUUUCAAAGGAGGAGGAGAACCCUUAGCUGGGAGGACGCCAAGCUAGAGCGCUUUGACGGCAAGUGCAAGUGGAGUGGGAGAAAGGAAGACAGGCUGGUCGGCUGCAGCAUGCAAGGAAUUCGUCCCCCUAUCCUCAAUGGACCGAUGCAUCCGCGCCCAUUAGUGGCGCUCCUAGAUGGCCGUGACUGUACUGUGGAAAUGCCUGUUCUGAAGGAUGUGGCUACCGUUGCAUUCUGUGAUGCCCAGUCAACCCAGGAGAUACAUGAAAAGGUAUUGAAUGAGGCAGUGGGAGCUCUCAUGUACCAUACCAUAACACUUUCUCGUGAUGACCUCGACAAGUUCAAGAGCCUGCGCAUCAUUGUAAGAAUAGGCAGUGGCUUUGAUAAUGUGGACAUCAAAGCAGCUGCAGAGCUAGGUAUUGCAGUGUGUAAUGUGCCGUCUUCAUCGGUGGAGGAGACCGCAGACACUGCCCUCUGUCUCAUCCUCAAUUUAUACCGGAGAGUCACCUGGAUGCACCAAGCACUGCGCGAGGGCACACGGGCCGGGAGUGUGGAGCAGAUAAGGGAGGUUGCCGGAGGAGCUGCUCGGAUACGUGGAGAAACUCUGGGAAUCAUCGGUCUGGGGCGGGUCGGCCAGGCUGUGGCUUUGCGUGCAAAGGCUUUUGGGUUCAAUGUGAUAUUUUACGACCCAUAUCUGCCUGAUGGGGUGGAGCGUUCCCUGGGUUUGCAGCGAAUGUCAACACUGCAGGACCUUCUCAUUCAUUCAGACUGUGUAUCUUUACACUGUAGUCUAAAUGAACACAACCAUCACCUUAUCAAUGACUUCACCAUCAAACAGAUGCGGCAGGGGGCCUUCCUGGUGAACAUUGCCCGAGGUGGGCUGGUGGAUGAGAAGGCACUGGCACAAGCGCUGAAGGAGGGCCGAAUACGGGGUGCUGCCCUAGAUGUACAUGAGACUGAGCCCUUCAGUUUCUCCCAAGGCCCCUUGAAAGAUGCCCCAAAUCUCAUCUGUACACCUCACACAUCCUGGUACAGUGAACAGGCAUCAGUUGAAGCCAGGGAGGAGGCAGCUAAGGAGGUGCGACGUGCCAUAACAGGACGCAUUCCUGACAGUCUGAAGAAUUGUGUGAAUAAGGAAUAUCUAAAGACUGCACCUCAGUGGCCUAGCAUGGACCCCAGCACAGUACACCCUGAACUUAAUGGAGCUGGUACUUAUAGGUUCUCCUCCAGUCUGGUUGGGGUGACUGCAGGAGGCUUAAUGGGCACGGGUGCUGCUAUGGAAGGCAUUGUUGCAGGAACUUUGCCCAUGGCUCAUGGUGUUGCCCCCGUCUCCCGUCCACCCCACACACCAUCUCCAAGUCAGCCGUCCAAGGCUGAAACAGACAGAGAUAUACCAACAGAUCAGUAGCACCCUGCUCACUUCUCUGAUUGUCUGUCUGCACCCCCGCCAUCGACAUUGCCUGAAUUGUCACAAAAGACCAUACAAUCUUUUUCAAGAUGUAACACUCAAAAACCUCAGAAUACAUAUGAGAUUUUGAGAGAGAAGAUUUUGCAGUAGAACUAUUUUUAUCCAUUGAAUUCAAAAUGACACAAUAAUGGACAAUGAAGACAACAUGUUGUCAUACUGUAUUGAGGGUGGUAAUGGCCUUGUCUCUUUGUCUUUUUUCCUAACUUAAUUUUAUUGCCUUUGUUUUAUUCGAGUUCCAAUAUUUGUUGGUGUUCCCUCUGCAUUCAGGUAUAGACAUAGUUAAAUCAGCUAGUCGGAAAUAAAACUUAAGGAUUUAAGAAUUUCAUCGUUUUACAGCAGAAAGUUAGAAUUGUUAUGAUUUAUCCAAAAUAUUCAUUAUUAGUUACUCAUUUAAAACACUCAACAUCAAGCAUCCUCACAUUGGCAAAACAUGUUAAGUGUGAGGACUUCUUUGGGAAACAUGAUACUUUGCCUGUUGUGUGUUUGCCCCUGUAAGAUAAACUGUGCCACAAAGCAAAGUUAUGAUUAAGGUAAAUGUAAGACUUUAAGCCAACAUUAUUUGUAAAUAACUGCCCUCCUAUAUUAAUAUUAGUAAUAUUUCACUAGUCAUUUAUGCCAUUUGUAGCCUUUUUCGGUCAGUAUGCAUAUGUAGCCAUUGCAGUAAUUAGGUCAAUUCAUGGUUCCUGUGCAAAUGAGUUCAGAAGGGAAGCUACGAAAUAGCACAGUAAGUAUGUAGUUCCCCUUUGAGUGAUCUGUAGUUCUUGAUAAAAAAUACAAAAUAAAAAAAAAUCUGUCAGUGUGAA